CAGUUUCAUUCAGUUCUUGCAGCAAGAAGCACGCAUCUCUCUGAGUCAAAAUGUUCCGGAUUUCUAGACUUAAUAUCCCAGGAUUGGCUGAGAAGAGCUAUUAUUCUGCUCGAUUUAUCUCGAAUGUUCCUAUGUAUGACGAACUAAAGAAGUUUCAGCAUGCGAUGAUGAAUAACUGUCUUCAUGUAUUCACUAGAGAGGCGCAUAAAGAACUUGGUCCAAUCUUCAAGCUGCCGAUCAUGAACUUGGUGUUCAUUGCUGAUCCAAGCAUGUCCUCAGAUCUACUUGGUACAAGCGGAGAGAGGUAUCCCAAGACCUUUAUACCUGAAUCUUGGGAAAUCCAUGCUAGGGAAUACGGAGUAAAGCGUGGACUUAUUUUCCUAGCAGGAGAAGAAUGGUGGGAGCAGAGAUCUAGGCUAAACCCCUUGAUGUUGAAGAGUGCUGCUAUCGCCAAGAUGAAUCCUUCAAUUGAGAAAGAAGCUUCUGAGCUGCUGAAACGUUUGAAUGGAGAUUCAUCUCAAAUUCAGAAAGAUGUUUACAGAAGCGUUACAAAGAUCUUGUUGGAGCUGUUUAUUGGAACAUCCAAGGAUUUCCCCCUGGACCAGGCUAUUGAAAGAGUCAUCAUAGAUAAUAGUGGAUUAUUUAGAGGCACAACCCAGCUUAUGUUUAAUCCUCAAGAGCACUUUGAGCGCAAGUCCCCUGAGUGGAUGAUGUUUAUUGGCCAUGUUGAUGGAAUCCUUGCGACCUUGAAACAAGGUAUCAGAGCAUCGUACAAAGAGAAACUAGAACACGGAGUUGCUGCAGAGUUAUUCAAGCUUGGAACAAGUCUUGAAGAUGUUGAGAAGAUUGUGUGUGAUUUCUUGCUGGGCGGAGUAGAUACAACAACCACCAGUAUAAUGUGGGUUCUUCACGAGCUCGGUCAGAACCCAGAUGUUCAAGAACGUAUCAGAGCUGAGCUGAAGACUGUAUGUGGAGACAAACCAUGUUCAGGUGAUAUCCUAGAAAGUAUUCCUCUGAUGAAAGGAUUGUUCAGAGAAACCUCUAGACUGUAUCCUGCAGUUCCUUUUCUUAGCAGAAUUAUUUCUAAGAAUGUCAAGGUUGGUGAACAUAUUCUACCACCAGGAACUAAUGUUAUGGUUUCCAAUUCUGCCAUGGCAUUCAACAGUACCAACUUCCCUAAUCCAAGCGUCAAUAAACCUGAACGAUGGAUCAGAGAUAAUGACAUGCCCAAGGAUCUGAAGAAUGAUAUGGCCGCCUCAGUUCGACCUUUUGGUCACGGAGUAAGGAUGUGCGUAGGACGCAGAGUUGCAGAGAACAGUUUACUCAUCCUGGUUUCUAAUAUGGUUCAGAACUUCCAGAUUUCAGCUGAGAAGGCUGAGUAUGCAACCAAGAUGAUCGGAGUGCCCAAGGAUAAAAUCAAGAUUUCUAUCAAACCUCUGUAAAUCUAUAAAUAUCGUGUAUCAUUGUUUAUAUAAUCAACCAUUUGUGAGCAUCCUUAGUUUCUUAAUCAUUGUUUUAUAAUAAACAAAUAAUAUCUUGUA